CCAGGUUCAUCUGUAAGAUCAAAAAAUAAGUGUGUCUAAGCUCCAGCUCACCUCGCAACAAUUUACAGAGCUGUGGGAAAGUAUGGGAGACUUCAGAUAGCUUAAGAUAUAAAUUUCUGCUGCUGUGGAAGGGUGUGAUCCUCUCCACCACUGGUACUGCAGUAGCAUUUACAUGGAAAUUCUGGUGGUUAAAGAUCAUGGCAACCAUAGAGGAACUGGCCCAUCAAAUUUUUGAACAGCAAAUGGGAGAGAUUACCCAUUCCCAGGGAGCUGUUACACAAACACUAAUGGAUGGGAUAGCACAACGAAUACAGAUUGUCCCUGCAGAUUCAGGCCUCUCUUUACCACAACGUAUACAGAUUGUCACAGAUCAGCAGACGGGCCAGAAGAUUCAGAUUGUUACAGCACUUGAUCAGAGCUCAGCAGGCAAGCAGUUCAUCUUAACAAAUCAUGAUGGCUCUACCCCAAGCAAGGUGAUCCUUGCCAGACAAGAUUCCACUCCAGGAAAAGUUAUCCUGGCAACUCCAGAUGCUGCAGGUGUCAACCAACUGUUUUUUGCAUCCCCUGAUAUAUCUGCACAACACAUCCAGAUUUUAACAGACAACUCUCCCAAUGAACAGAGCCUAAAUAAAGUGUUUGAUCUGUGUGUUGUAUGUGGAGACAAGGCAUCAGGGCGUCACUAUGGAGCAGUAACUUGUGAGGGAUGCAAAGGAUUUUUUAAAAGGAGUAUACGGAAGAAUUUAGUAUAUUCGUGCCGAGGAACAAAAGACUGUGUCAUUAACAAACACCACCGGAAUCGAUGUCAGUACUGCAGGCUGCAGAGAUGCAUCGCAUUUGGAAUGAAACAAGAUUCUGUACAAUGUGAGAGGAAACCUAUUGAAGUAUCAAGAGAAAAAUCUUCAAACUGUGCAGCUUCUACAGAAAAGAUCUACAUUCGGAAAGAUCUUCGUAGUCCAUUAGCUGCAACUCCAACUUUUGUAACAGACAAUGAAACAGCAAGAUCAACAGGUCUGCUGGAAUCAGGAAUGUUUGUUAACAUUCAUCAGUCUGCAAUAAAAAGUGAGCCUGCUGUGCUGAUGACUCCAGAUAAGGUUGAAGCAUGCCAGGGAGAUUUAAGUACACUGGCAAACGUGGUGACUUCAUUAGCAAAUCUCAGUAAAUGCAAAGACAUGUCACAAAGCAGUACAGAGCUAUCUAUGAUUGAGAGUUUAAGUAAUGGAGAUGCGUCAUUAUCUGAACUCCAGCAAGAAGAGCAAGGUAGUAGUGAUGUUACAAGGGCAUUUGAUACUCUUGCAAAAGCACUAAAUCCAGGAGAGAGUGCAGCGUGCCAGAACUCUGAAAGUGUUGAAGCCAGCGUACAGCUCAUUGGUGGAGAAACAAGCAUGAAUGUCGUUGAAAUAGAGGGGCCACUACUCAGUGAUGCACAUGUAGCAUUCAGGCUCACCAUGCCUUCUCCUAUGCCUGAAUAUCUUAAUGUUCACUAUAUCUGCGAGUCUGCCUCCAGGUUGCUUUUCUUGUCCAUGCACUGGGCACGUUCCAUUCCAUCUUUCCAAGCUUUAGGACAGGAUAACAGCAUAUCAUUAGUAAAAGCCUGCUGGAACGAACUUUUUACGCUUGGUCUUGCACAGUGCUCACAAGUUAUGAAUGUGGCAACUAUAUUAACUGCAUUUGUUAAUCACCUUCAUGGCAGUUUACAGCAAGAUAAGCUGCCAACAGACAGAGGAAAAUUAGUAAUGGAGCAUAUCUUCAAAUUGCAAGAGUUCUGUAACAGCAUGGUUAAGCUUUGCCUAGAUGGAUAUGAGUAUGCAUAUUUGAAAGCGAUCGUCCUCUUCAGUCCUG